AUGAUGUCCUCAUGCCAGAAUAUAAUUAAUACCUCUUGUGUGAAAAGCAGCUGGUCCAAUGAUGUUCGUGUUUCCCUUUACAGUUUAAUGGUGCUCAUAAUUCUGAUCACACUAAUUGGAAAUAUGAUAGUAAUUAUUUCCAUAUCACACUUCAAGCAACUUCAUACUCCAACUAAUUGGCUCAUUCAUUCCAUGUCCACUGUGGAUUUUCUGCUGGGGAGCCUAGUCAUGCCUUAUAGUAUGGUGAGAACUGUUGAGCAUUACUGGCAUUUUGGAGAAAUCUUCUGUAAAAUUCACACCAGUACAGAUAUUAUGCUGAGCUCAGCAUCGAUUUUCCACUUAUCAUUCAUUUCCAUUGACCGCUACUAUGCUGUGUGUGAACCACUGAGAUACAAAACCAAAAUUAACAUGUUGGCUAUUUUUGUGAUGGUCUUUGUUAGUUGGAGUGUUCCUGCUAUUUUUGCCUUUGGACUGAUCUUUCUAGAACUAAACUUCAAAGGAGCUGAAGAGAUCUAUUAUAAACACAUUCAUUGUAGAGGGUGUUGCUCCGUCUUCUUCAGCAAAAUUUCUGGGAUACUGGCCUUUAUGACUUCUUUCUAUAUACCUGGGUCUAUUAUGUGGUGUAUUUAUUAUAGAAUAUAUUUCAUAGCUAAAGGACAAGCAAGAUCAAUUAAUGAUACCAAUCAACUUCAACCAAGAUUGGAAGAGGAAACUGGAAAUUCACGAAGCAAAGACAUGAAAGCUGCUAAGACUUUAGGGAUUGUGAUGGGAGUUUUCCUAAUAUGCUGGUGUCCUUUCUUUUUCUGCAUGGUUCUGGAUCCUUUCUUGGGUUAUACCAUUCCACCUGCCUUAAAUGAUACAUUGAUUUGGUUUGGCUACUUGAACUCUACUUUUAAUCCAAUGGUUUAUGCAUUUUUCUAUUCCUGGUUCAGAAAAGCACUGAAGAUGAUUCUAUCUGGUAAAAUUUUCCAAAAAAACUCUUCUAGGUGCAUAUUACUUUUAGAAUCAAGUCCAUAG